CACGGGCUUUGACCAAUAGCAGGCGCUCAUCUUGGUGCUUGACGGUCCGCAGCAACGACCCGUAAUCAAAACACAGGAUUCCGUGACGUUUACUUUAAUUCACAGGGAAGAAAUGAGGAUAAUAACGCGUUUUAAGUCAAAGUAUUUCUGAGGGACUUCUUGCUUUUAUUUUGUUUCAUUUUCCCGACAACUGUUCUGGGAUAUUUUUUUUUUCAAAUAUGGACGCCCUGUGCGACCUGUGCUUGGCUCAGGUUUGCUGCAGCUUGGACGCUCUGUGCAGCAGGCGAGCAGAUGGCUCCAUGUGCCUCAGCCGGGCCCCAGUUUUCCCACAGGAGGUGGCGGACCAGUUACUGCUUAAGAUGGUGAAAAAAAAGAUACUGAAUGACACAACCAUUAGGAUUUUCCAAAACUGCAAAGAGCUCCGCCUCCGACGAGCCUCCAUCCGAUGCUGCCAAGUAUCUGCACAAGCUUUCCGCCUGGCACUCUGCCCUCACCGGCUCCAGGAGCUAGACGCCUCCGGGGUUCUUGGCGGCCUCACCGUGGCAAACAUCGUCUCGGGCCUGGCCUCCAACCCAGCGUGCAGAUCCAGCCUACGCAGGUUGUCCCUCGCUGGGCUCCGCGUGGACUGGGAGUCUCUGGAGGAGGACGGAGGGCCCUGUGUCGGAUUUAGCUCCUUGCAGGGCUUGCGGACGCUCAACCUGGCCAACACGGACCUGACCGAUGCCGUUCUCGAGGAUAUCUGCACUCUCCCUCGGCUGGAGAGCCUGGACAUCUCCUGCAGUGCGGUGUCAAAGCUUACCGCACUCCUAGAUUGCAAAAACACGCUGAGAUCUUUGACCACCCACCGGCUGCAGCAGCUGGAUAUGUCGCCUGGCAGGAUGCUGUUUGUCCUCGGCCAACUUCACGCUGUCAGGCAUUUCGACUUUUCAGAGGACCACUUGGCUGUUAACGCCGGUGACGGGAGAGACGGGAUGGAGACAGUACGUCAGCUUUUGGAUGGGAGUCCACAGGUCCUCCCUUCCCUUGUUUCUCUAGAUAUAUCUGGACGGAGGAGAAUCCCCGAAGCGGCAGUCAGGGUGUUUGUGGAAGCCAGAGGCGCACUGGUCUUCUUGGGCCUGCUGGCCACGGGCGCCAGCUCCUGUGACAUCUUGUCAUCAAAGAGAAACCUAAAAGUAACCGGAGAGGCUAAUGAGAACCAGGUGUGUGAGGCCCUGAGAAGGUACCGCGACCGCGAGUGUUUCAUACGAGAGGCCCUCGUCCAUCUCUACAAUCUAACCGCUGACAUUGACAAACCGCGGCCAGAUAUGCUAGAGCUGGUGCUCAGUGGGAUGCAAAGCCACCCCACAUCCCUGCAGGUCCACCUGGUGGCCACGGCGUGUGUGUUCAACCUGACCACCCAGGACCUGGCGGUGACCAUGCCCGUCGGCCUGAUCAGCUCCGCUGUCGCCCAGCUGCUGUACGCCAUGAAGACCUACCCCAACCACCAGCAGGUGCAAAAGAACUGUAUGAUGGCGCUUUGCAGUGACUAUAUUCUCCAGGAUGUCCCUUUUGACAAGUAUUUAGCAGCCACGCUGGUGAUCAACUGGCUGCGGAGCCACGAGGACGCUCCCCUGCAGAGGAUGGCUGUGGCUGUCAUCUCCAUUCUGGUGGCCAAGUUGUCCACAGAGGAGACCGCUCAGCUUGGCAAGGACGUCUUUAUCAUGAAGCAGAUGCUGGCUAUUGUCCAGCAGAAAGCCAUGACUGGUCUGGUGGACUCCACUCUUAAAUUUGCCCUGAGUGCUCUGUGGAACCUGACGGAUGAGAUGCCCACUGCUGCUCGCAAUUUCAUCGAGUGCCAGGGCCUGGAGCUGUACGAGGAGGUUCUGGAGUCCUACUACGCUGAGCCUUCCGUUCAGCAGAAAGUUCUUGGCCUUCUGAACAACAUAGCAGAGGUGGAGGUGUUACAGGCGGACCUGAUGGAGGAGGACCUGCUAGGGCACGUCCUCAGCCUGCUGCAGGACUCCCGGGUGGAACAGGGGGUCCGUUACUUUGCAGGGGGGACUCUGGCACAGCUUGUCUCCAGACCAGAGGCCUGGACCUUGGGCAGCCAGCUGCGCAGCACCAUAGUGGAGCAGCUGCAUGCAUCCAUAAUGACAUGGACCCAACUCGAGAGAGAAAUGGUGUCCUAUAGAUCGUUCCGUCCGUUUUGCCCUCUGCUUCAGGCUUGGCAGCCCUCGGGAGUGCAGCUGUGGGCAGCGUGGGCCAUACAUCUGGUCUGCAUUCAGAACGCUUCACAUUACAGCAACAUGAUGGAGAAGGACGGCGUGGCUGAACUUCUGAGGGCUCUGGCUGCACAUCCCGACACACACAGCGACGUCAAAGGACUGUCAGACGGUAUCUUGCGUAUCGUAGAGCAGCACCAGAGUCUCUAAUAUCCCUCGACCAACAGAUGGAGCCCGGAAACUCUCGACAGAGAUGCAGAUUUUGUGAAUAAACACACCUGAGGGUGUCAUUAUUAAAUGGUACAGACAGUUCAAGUCAAUCAGUUGGAAUUUAAAGUUUAAUGGAAUUAGUUCCUGUCCAUUUAAUAUAUAGAGUAUAAUCUCAUGUACAUUCUUUCAAGAAAUUACCUAUAAACUGUUAUCCUCAGGAAAAAUAUAUACCGACAGGUUGUAAAGUCCUAAUAGUGUAAUGUAUUCUGAAAUGUAGUUUCUGUUCAGUAUGAAAACGUCUGACAGCAAUAGUAUUCUAAAUAAACUGAAUUUAGAAACUA